AUGCGUCUCAUCAAGCAAGUUCGGACUCUCGUUACCAAAGACCUGCUGAUUAUCGUAUGGCGACGAUGGUUCUCAACUGCACUACGGGCUCUGGCCUUGCCCAUCGUCUACAUUUGGCUCAUCUCUUACGUCCGAAACUUCUUCAUGCCUCCCUCGAAUUACGGCUUCGGUCACCAGAGAUCAAUUCGCUCUCUUUCCGAUGUCCUCAACGACUCUGAGUUGCUUGGCGGGCGUAACACCGUCGCCUUUGUUCACAAUGGAAAUACUGGAGGUCAAAUUGAAGCCUUGAUUAACACCCUAUCUGCCCUACUGCUCGAUGAAGGUGUCAAUAUUGAAAUCUUGUCCUCUAACGACGACCUAUUCACCACCUGCCAAAGCUCUUUGCGUGGAACUUCUCGCUGUUACGCCGCAGCUAGCUUCACGUCUUCCCCCACUGAAAACGAAGGAUUUUGGAACUACACCGCCAUCGCCGAUUUUAGUCUGGGUACUCGUAUCUUUGUCGAUCGGAGUGACAAUGAUGCCCAGCUCUACUCCCUCCCUUUCAUUCACGCCAUCGACGCCGAAAUUGCAAACCAGGCUGGGCUUGAUCUCCCGCAGACUAUCCUCGAGUCCCCGUUUACCUCCGAAACGGUCCAGGACCGCAAUGACGAGGUGCAAGAAUUCUUCAUGAGAGCUUUGAUCAACUAUCUCGCAGUUGUAUUCUUCAUUGGUAUUUGCGGUGUUACUUAUCACUUGCCCGGUCACAUGUCUUCGGAACGAGAGUCAGGCAUGUCCCAGCUCAUCGACACAAUGGUUCCGAACCGGCAUCAGUGGCACUCCCAGGUCGCCCGAGUUCUCGCAACCCACAUCUCCUUUGACAUUGUCUACAUUAUAUCAUGGCUCUCUAUAGGGGCCAUUGUCUCCUCCUUGGUCUUCCUGCACACUGAUCCCGCCAUUGUAGUGCUUUACCAUCUCUUGGCUGGCUUCGCACUGACGGGUUACUCCCUCUUCGGGGGCAGUCUUUUCCGCCGGUCACAGCUCUCCGGCAUCACUGUUCUGAUUGUCUCGCUCGCUCUGGCCAUCGUGGCCCAAUUCGUUCUCGACUCCAUUGUGGCUCAAUGGGUCCUUUCGGUUAUUUUCCCCUCAGUAAAUUACACCAUGUUCAUCAUCUACCUUGCUAAAUGGGAAAGUCAACUGCAACCAGCCAAUCUCCUCCAAGACCCUCCAGACAUUGGAAGACCUUCGAUCCCUGGUUAUGCCAUUUUUAUCCUGAUGGCUGUGCAACUGGUAAUUUACCCCUGGCUUGCUACCGCCUCUGAGAUAGUCCUCUACGGGACUGCCUCGAAGCACCGAAGUCUCGAAUCGAGAGCGGGGAGAGAGCAUGGCACUGUUGACGUCCGCAACUUCUCAAAAUUCUACUACCCUAGCUGGUGGCAAAUGGACAAGCCUGUCGUCAAGGCGGUGGAGAACUUGACGUUUACGGCAUUAAGAGGCCGGAUUGUGGUGCUACUUGGUGCUAACGGCAGUGGGAAGAGUACCACGUUGUCAGCGAUUUCUGGGAUUCACUCGAUAUCUUCAGGCCAUAUCGACUUGGAUGGUACCGGUGGCCUUGGCCUUUGCCCUCAGAAGAACGUGUUGUGGGACGAUUUAACGGUGUCUGAACAUGUGCGAAUCUUCACUCGGUUGAAGAACGCGCAGAAGCAAACGGACUCACGUCGAAACAUCCUCCACCUCAUCCGCGGCUGUGAUCUGGAAGCAAAGACGAAUAAGAAGUCAAAGGCUCUCUCGGGAGGUCAGAAGCGCAAGUUACAGUUGGCCAUGGCUUUUACUGGGGGAUCCCAAGUUUGCUGCAUCGAUGAAGUCUCCUCUGGACUUGACCCGCUCUCCCGCCGCAAGAUUUGGGAAAUUUUGCUUUCGGAGAAAGGAAAGCGGACCUUCCUCCUAACCACUCACGCUCUCGACGAAGCUGAUGCUCUCUCGGAUGACAUUGUCGUGCUAUCCAAAGGCACCCUCAGAGCUCAUGGCUCCGCUGUCGAGCUCAAGAACAGAUUUGGUCGUGGCUACCGCGUUCUUGUUCCUCAUAACAUGAUCCAGCGGCAUGAGAUUCAACAGAUCAUGGGCAACCACAGGUAUUCCAUGACUGAAUCAGGCCCACUAUUCCAAGUGUCAGACGCCGCCGAAGCUAAUCAGCUUGUUGCUUCUCUCGAGAAGCGACGGAUCCCCAGAUACCAGGUCAUUCCCCCCACCAUCGAGGAUGUCUUUAUGGAACUUGCCGAUGAGCUCAAAGAGGAGCCGAUUCUGGGCGCUGCAAAGCCCUCCGGCUCCGUUGUUGCCGGUCUCAAGCUUCCACCAGGUACAGCAUUGAUGUCGUCGACGGAAUUCGCCCUGAACAAGGAUACCUUCGACCUCAUGAAAGGUGGUGGAAGUACCUUUUUUGGACAGGUCUGGAUUAUAUUCUGUAAGCGCCUCAGGAUCCUGACCCGCAACUAUCUACCCUAUUGCUGUGCCGUCCUAGUACCACUGAUCACUGUUGGCCUGGCAACAUUCUUUCUCGCUGGUUUUGAGGGACUCAAUUGCUCGUUAGGAGCUAAUGCAAACAACCCGGCCGUGCAAAAUUUGGCCGUUCUAGAUACUUACUGGGGCCUCGACAUCCCUAUUGCGCCUGCUGACGAGUUUGAUGAGUCAAGACUUUCCCCGCUGUAUGGACAAUAUGUCGCAAACAUAGUACGGUUGGGCACGUACGUCGAAUUUGAGGUCUACAUUCGACAGAACUUCCGCAGCGUCGUGCCCGGAGGUUUCUGGAUUGGCAACACCACCUCUUCGACUCCUUGGCUUUCCUAUAAGGCUAAUGACGGCCUGUACAACUCCGUUUUGGCCAAGGUAGCCUUGGACUCCUACCUUCUCAACACCAACAUUGUUGCUUCCUUCUCCACCUUUGCACUUCCCCUCGCCGCCAGCACUGGAGACUCCCUGCAGCUCGUGGUAUACUUCACCUUCGCAAUGUGCGCCUGCUGCGGUUUCUUCGCCCUAUACCCCACGUUUGAACGGCUGAGCAAAGUUCGUGCCCUGCAUUACAGCAAUGGUGUUCGAUCAGCACCGCUCUGGCUGGCCAAUAUUCUCUACGACUCCAUUUUCGUCGUCAUCAUCAGCGCCGCUGCGAUUGUCCUCUUCACUGGUCUGUCGGAUCUCUGGUGGGAACCAGGCUACCUGUAUGUGGUGUUCUUCCUCUUCGGCAUCUCGUCGACAUUACUGUCUUAUAUCGUGUCAUUGUUCGCAACUUCUCAACUUGCUGCAUAUGCGUUUUCCGCCGGAGGCCAAGCAGUUUUCGGCCUCAUCUACUUCAUCCUAUAUCUUGUCAUGAUCACAUACAGCCAGCCGACACGGCUGCUGACAGAUCUCAACACCGUCCAGUAUACACUUGGCCUGAUCACGCCGUCGGGAAACUUAUUGAGGGCGAUGCUACUGACCCUGAAUCAGUCUCAGCUGCUUUGCCGCAACCAAAGCUACAUCUCUUACCCCGGUAAUAUGGAGGUCUAUGGCGGCCCAAUACUCUAUCUCGUCCUCCAGAUCUUCGUUUUCUACACGUUCCUAGUUUGGUAUGAUAGCGGGUGGCGACCAUCUCUCUUGCCAUUCACAAAGCACCUCCCUCGGCCCGUCGACACGGAGAAAGACUCAGAGACAAUAGACCCUGAUGUUGCUGCCGAAGUUACCCGCUGCGAGAAUUCAACCGAUGGUCUACGUGUUUUACACCUGAGUAAGCGCUUCGGCCUCCACAGCCCACCCGUGGUCGACAACAUCACAUUCGGAAUCCAACACGACUCGGUCUUCGCCCUUCUUGGGCCCAAUGGAGCCGGGAAAUCUACCACCAUCAGUCUAAUCCGAGGAGACCUUCACCCAUCCACCCGCAUCAGUGACAUCCAAAUCGAGGGUUUCUCUGUACGUGCCCACCUAUCCACCGCACGACAACGUCUAGGUGUCUGUCCACAGUUCGACGCUAUGGAUCAGAUGACUGUGACAGAGCAUCUACGGUUUUAUGCCUCCGUCCGCGGCGUACGCCGAGCCAACAUCUCCUACAAUGUGUCCACCGUCCUACACGCUAUCGGACUCUACCCCUUCCGCCAUCGCCAAGCAGCCCACCUCUCUGGAGGUAACCAACGCAAACUCAGCCUAGGUAUUGCGAUCAUUGGGAACCCCUCAAUCCUCCUCCUCGAUGAGCCCUCCUCAGGAAUGGAUGCCGUCGCCAAACGAAGCAUGUGGCGUGUUGUCCGCGGCAUCAAGGCCGGCAGAGGCGUGGUUAUGACAACGCACAGCAUGGAAGAGGCCUCUGCCCUUGCUGACCGUGUCGGCAUUCUCGCGAGGCGGAUGUUGGCCCUGGGGACCACAAACUCACUGCGAGGCCGUUAUGGCGGAAUCUACCAUGUUCGUCUGGUCCAUGAACACGGCGCAGGCAUGAGCGAGGACGAAGGACGAAGGUUGAAAUCCUGGGUAACCGGAAACAUCCCAGGCGCUGUUCUCGGCGACGAAGAUGGCACGUUGUUGCAUGGACAGCUGGAAUUUACGAUACCCACCACGAUCGAGGUUGCUGUCAAGAGUCAUGGUGAAGACCAAACAGAAAAUCAGACCCAAUCGCAAUGGACGAAUGCAGCAGCGAUUCUUUUAGAUCUAUUGGAGCGCCACAAAGUAGGGAUGGGGAUCAAAUACUACUCGUUCAGCGAGACUACGCUAGAAGAUGUAUUCUUAGCAGUGGUUGGGAGGCACCGUGUUGCAGAAGAGGAGGCGUUGAAAGGGAGUGGGAAAACAUUAGGGAAGAAGCCAUGGAGCAGGAUAGUCCGGUGA